CGUCUGUCUCCACGCCCUUAUGAGACGUUUACUUAAAUUUCCGCAUUUUGAUGUGACCAAAGAUCAGUAGAAAUCUACAAAAGUUACACCUGGCAGUAGCACUUACAAACACUCCGGGUGAUAAUGUCAAGGUUUCUCCCAAGAGCAAACUUAAGGAGAUGCAUCGCCUCUCAGAUUAGAAUGGCAUCUGACCAGCUUGGAGAGUUUGGCAAAGGAGCAGGCAAAGGUGGAGGUGGAGGUGGCUCCAUCAGAGAGGCAGGUGGUGCGUUUGGAAAGCGACAAGUGGCAGAGGAGGAGCGAUACUUCAGGCAGAAGGAGAAGGAGCAGAUGGAGGCGCUGAGGAAGCAUCAUUCAGAGGAGAUUGAGCACCACAAAAAGGAGAUUGAGCGCCUACAGAGGGAGAUUGAGCGCCACCAGGGCAAAAUCAGAAAGCUGAAACAUGAUGAUUAAAGCUGGGGAGCCUGUUAUCGUUUCUCCUACUCAGAGUCUGGCAGUUAAAUUUGCUGAGUCAGUGAUUACCAGAGAUUUUAAUUGGUUUACUGCUGUUCAAGGCAGGUCCUGUAUAAAACUUCAUACAGAAACCAUGAAUAAUAAUAUAACAAUAAAGUGCAUUUUUAAAUAAAUGUGUCCCUUGUGCUAUA